UCCGCCCACAUUACCGACAUUACCGUAAUUUAUUAAUUAAAAAAUUAAUAAAUCAAUUUUUAUCUGUUGCUAUUCGUUACUACAUUUACUUUUUUAAAAUACAAAAAUAUAACAAGACAAAAAUAUGAAAACUGCAGAUUAUUAAACAUGUUUGACCAAUAAAUAUUUGUAGAUUAAUAUAAUUAUUCACUCUAUUCUUUUUAAUAAACUUUGACAAUUAAUAAUAUUUUUCACAUAAAAUGGUGUUACAUCUAAUACAUUGUUACAUCACUGAUGUAUUUCAACUCGACGAUUAUUUGCUAAAUAUUUGGCUUUGGAAAUGUUAAUAUUUCAUAACAACAGUUUUCAUAAUUAUAUUGGCAAGUAAGAGCAUAUCAAAGUUAUAAGAUGAAGUGUUCUUUAAUAAACUGUAUUGAUUGAAAAGUUCAUCAGAUAUCAUUAAGUUACUAUAUCUUUGAAUUAAAAAUAAGAUAUAGAGUAUUAAUAGCACUAUAUUAUAAGCAAUUGUGACCAAUAUCAAACCAUGGCUGUAUUAAAGCUUUUAUUAUACUUAGUAAGUUUAAAUAUAUUACUAAGUGUAACUAAUAUAACAGCUUUAAAUAAAUUUAUUCCGCUUGUGAUCAAUACAUGGAAUUUUCCAAAUGCUAACCGAAUAGCUUGGAAUACAAUAUACAAUGACAAAGGAAGUGCUAUCGAUGCCAUUGAAAAAGGCUGCAGUUAUUGUGAAGAUGCACAAUGUGAUAAUACAGUUGGAUAUGGAGGUAGUCCAGAUGAAAAUGGUGAAACUGCAUUAGAUGCUAUGAUAAUGGAUGGUACAACAAUGGAUGUUGGUGCAAUUGGAAAUCUCAGAAAUGUCAAAAAUGCUAUUUCUGUAGCUCGACAUGUGUUGGAAAAUACAGCUCAUACAUUAAUAGUUGGAAGUCACGCUACAGAAUUUGCUCUAAAAGUAGGAUUUCAUAAUGAGACUCUUCAAACUGAACAGUCUUAUAAUAUAUGGAAAAAAUGGAGAAAUAACAAUUGUCAACCAAAUUUCUGGAGGAAUGUGAUACCAAAUCCUAAAGCCAGCUGUGGACCUUAUCACCCAAAAAAAGCAUUAAAAAGAACUCAAGAAUUAUACGCGCGUGUAAAUGAAAAUAAUCAUGACACUAUUGGAAUGAUUGCUAUUGAUACAAAAGGUCAUAUUGCUGCUGGAACAUCUACCAAUGGACUAAAAUAUAAAAUUCCAGGAAGAGUAGGUGAUUCUCCAAUUGCAGGAGCUGGUGCCUAUGCAGAUCAGGAAGUUGGUGCUGCUGCAGCUACGGGAGAUGGAGAUGUUAUGACACGCUUUUUGCCAAGUUUUUUGGCAGUCGAAUUGAUGCGUCAGGGAAAAUCGCCGGCUGAAGCAGCAGAAAUUGCAAUAAGACGUAUUGCCAAACAUCAUCCAAAAUUUUUCGGGGCAGUAAUUGCAUUAAAUAAAAAUGGUGAAUUUUCAGCUGCUUGCAAUGGAAUGGAUGGUUUCCCAUUCUACGCUAGUAAUUUACAAUUAGGAAAACCAACUAUUUUUUAUGUACCUUGUGAAAAAAAUUAAGCAAUUGUUGGACAUGUUUAUGCGCUCGUUAAUAUUAUUAUUCAUUUGUAAAUGAUGAUAACUAAAUUAUCAAAAUAUAGUGAGAAACAUAUUUUUCUAUGACAAUUGAUACAAUUUUA